GAGAGAGCGUCGCAUUACCUUGCCGGGCCUCUCAGGGCCAGUACGCGUCUGGCCACGCCGCUGAGAGCAUCCUUCCGUUAGUUAGACGUACAGUCUCGUCGAGCUAGGAGCCGGUACACUUAACGAGAUGCCGAAUUGCCCAAAGUGCGACAAACCCGUGUACUUCGCCGAGAGGAAGACAUCCUUAGGCAAAGAUUGGCACGGUUCGUGUUUACGCUGCGAGAAAUGCAAUAAGACCCUAACACCCGGGGGUCAUGCCGAGCACGAAGGGAAACCCUACUGCAAUCACCCUUGCUAUGCAGCCCUGUUCGGUCCAGGAGGUUUCGGACGUGGCGGUGCUGAAAGUUACGUUUACAAUAAAUAAUAUAUAAAUAUAAAGGCAACAAUAUUUGUUUAAGUUAAAAUACAUAAUAUUGUACAAUUUUGAACGCAAGGAGCGAAUGUGCGGUUAAAUAUAAAUAUGAUGUGACUAUUCCGGUUAUUUAUAUAUACGUAAAUAUCUAAUUUCUACAAGAUAUGUUUCGAGAAUUUGUAUGUGCUAUUGAAUAUACUUUAUAAGAUAUAUUCAACGUAUGUGAACUAUUAAAUAUAUAUAAUACUAUAUAUAAGAAAACAAAAUUUAUUUUGUAUUUAUGUAUAAAUUCAUAUCUACACAUUCUUAAUUGAUUAAAGUACCCUAUAGCGAUAAUACAGACAGAAGGCUGCAUGCUUUGCGAUUUACCAGGCUGCAUAACGUCGAUAAAGGAGAGAUAUUCGUUUACAACUAAAGAUACGAUAUCAUUAGAAAGGAAAAAA